AUGUAUAGCUCAGCCAUCGACGCGCAAAUCACGAAAAUUACCUCGGAAUGUGAAAUUAAUCCUGGCCGAAGAUCAGAAUCGAUUAUGUUUCUUUGCUCGUUCUUCGCGGUGCGAGAUAGAGAGAAAGAAUUAUGCUCCGGACGAGUAAAAGAAUUAAUCGCAGUGCAAAACGAAGAAAAUGAAGAUUUUGCAACAAAAUUAAAGAAUUAA